AUGGCCAUACCACGGUUCGACGCUCACGGCGCCCCAAUGAAGACUUCGGCUUCAACAACCUCGUCAGCCUUCUUGGAAAGCAACUUUGGUUGUACGCGGUUAGUUCUAUUUUUUUUUUACUUAAAAACCGUGUGCAAUGAGUAUAUUUUAAGCGCACUCAGACACUCGGACACUUCCAGAAAGCCUGGCUGGCUUACAGGAAAGAAGCCUUUACAAGUUUCAAAUGGUUAAAUUGAUGAAAACUUUCCGGAACGAACCAGAAAACCUCGCUACGCCGUGGGGGAUAUAGUUCGCGUAUCCAAACUACGCAAAACUUUUGAUAAAAGAUACGAGAACGGUUUCAGCGAAGAACUAUUCAAAAUUUUCGAAACUGUUCCUUCGAACACUGUCACUUACCGACUCAAAAAUCUUCGAAAUGAACCAAUCGAGGGCAAGUUCUACGAACAAGAGCUGACGCGUUACACCGACUCUUCUGACGUCUACAAGGUGGAGAAAAUUUUGGCCGAGCGACGCAAAAAUGGAAAAUGGCAGUUUCUCGUCUGUUGGUACGUCUGUUCUCCAGAAUUCGGCUCUUGGGUGAACAUGAGUGAAAUAACAAGACACACUACUUAUAUAUAUAAAUAUUUUAUCAAUCUUUUUAUAAUCAUGAGGUCAUAAUAUCAAAUUUUUUUGAUAAAGCUCCCUCGAGAAACUAUCUCUUAUUUCAUUUUUUUGGAACGUCUUUUUAAUACUGAGUUAUCAUUGAUCAGUUUCUGCUAUUUUUAAACUUUCCCAUGAGCAAGGUCUGACUUUAGUAAAGGCCAAAUAAUGAUAUUCCAAAGUAUUAUAGUUUUUUUGUAUUUGCUCCGGAAACGUGGAUGUACAAAUUUCUUUGAAUUUUCAGGAGAAUUUUUCUUAAAUUUGUUCACAGGUGUUUUUUUCUCAAAGAUUCAUAGGAAUAAUAUUAAAUUAAAUUUCAAGUCCAAAUGAUAUCGAUAUAACGUUUUUUUAAGAGUAUAGAGUUGAAUUUGAUUCACUUUUUUCUCGAUCGUCUUUGAAUUUCGUACUAAAAAAACACUUCUGUGACGCUUCGAUCAAGAUGCUAUUAGUCUAUCGGAGUGCAGCAAGCAAAUAAAGAUAUUUUUGAGAGUGUUGGAUCUUGUCUGUUGAAAUUCUGAAUCGUCGGUCCUUUUUUUGGCAGCUUUUUUUACGAAUACUUUUUUUAAAAGAAAAAAAGACAAACAAAAAAAUGUUUCGAAAUCAUGAGAAACAGAGCGAUUCCUCAUCAAUUUACAGCCAAAUAACUUCUUUGCAAUAAUUUAUGCGUACCCUGUAAUAUGAAUGAAUCUAAUCUUUUUUUCAUUUCCCUGGCAAAAAAUCGAUGUUCACUUUUUCCAUUUAUGAAAAAUUUUCAAAAAACCAAAGUGGUAUUGAAAAAAAACUCGAUUUCAAAUACGACUCGGAGAAAAUAAAAUUGCUUCAAUUGGACGUUUCGAACUAGCUUCAAUCACAUUCUUUAUUUCACUGUAGAUUGAAUUACAUAUCUAACUUGAUCAGGACAUUUUCAACCCAAGAUAGUGAUGAGUUAAUUUAUAAACCAUCACCGUUUCAAGAACUUAUUCGCUUGAGCAAUUUGACUUGAAUUAUUUCGUUUUUCUCGCGUGAAACAAUUGAUCAACUUCUGAAAUUCCUUUUUUUGCUCCCUAUUAAAAAUUCUAAAAAUGCUGAGUUCUCUUCGCGGAAAUGAAUUAUUUUUUGACAUUGACGAGCUUCACAAGAAAAAAAAAGUGAUAACGCGAAUGAGCAUCAUUUUAUCGCCACAAAGCUUAGGAGACUAAUCUUCUUAUUUCAAAUCCAUCGAAACAUCCGCCGCGCAUAAGUCAUUCUGCCUAAAACUAGCAACGUAGUUUCGAAUUCAAAACGCCUGAAAUGAUGGAGCUAAAAGCCGAGCGGAAAGGAUUUCCAUAACAUUCUUUUUUUUCAGUCACAAUUCAUGUUCCAAAGCUUCUAUGGUUUCAAAUGUUCUCCUGAAUAGAUUGACAAAAAGCCGGCAGAAAAUUGUUGGAGAAAGUACAAAAACAUCAACUUUUUCUGGAUUACGUAGGCUCAAUUUGUAGUAAUACUUACACAUGAUUUCCAAUAAAGGAAAAGGUGUGGCGAAUUUAUUUUAGCAAGUUAUCUAAUUUCGAAUCAGUUCAAACGCUGAAUUUAGUUAUAGUGAUGAGAAAUUGAAGUGGUUCAAGAUUUUUUUGAAAUUUAUAUAAAACGUCCUGAAGCAAUAUUGCUUGGGAGUUUUUGAGCAGCCGGAAAGAUUAAAAAAACAUAUUUUUCCUUGCUAAUAAAAGAAGUUUUUUUCGAACCGUUUUGUUUUUUUCAGUUUGAAAACAGUGUUCUUUUUUAUGUGAUCGAAGAAAAAAACAGCUUCUGCGGCGUUUCGAAAAAAAUGAAAUGAAUAUAUUCCGGCUUUUCCAAUUGGCUUUAUCAACUUCAGUUAGAAGAUUCUAUUUUUUUCUAGUUGUUCAAUAAGGUCGUUUAAAAAGCCCUCAAAGACAAAAAAAAAACAAUUUUUUCGGUAGUAAACUGAGCUUCCGGUUUACUUUUUUUAAUAUGAAGUGAUAUGAAAUUGAAAAAAAGUUGAACUUUUUUUCUCAAGAGUCAAACUGUGAAAACUUUUUAGUUAUUGGUUAUAUUGCCAUUUUUUUGAAUUUAGAAAAAAAUCAAAAAAAUUCAAACUUCGAUAGGAGAAGAUCGUCUAAGUUUACAAUAGUGGGUUUAAGAAUGCUUAAAAUAAAAAGCACUUUUCCCAUUCCCCUGCAUUGAGACACUUUCGGAAAGCAGUGAGAUAGACAAGUUUCAUCAUAAUUAUUUAAUUUCAUUAACGUUGGUUUGCGAAGUCGAAGCUUUCCAAUAUUAAUCAGGUCGUUGCGGAGGCAAUUCCCUAUGCUUGCAAAGCGUCACCGAGCUCCGUCGGCGCAAUUUUAGCUCCUGCUCCUGCUGAGAGACAUUGGCAAAGAGCGCGCGAAAAAAGUGCGGUCGUGCACGCUUUUUUUUCCUACUCUCGAGGACCAACGGCGUCUUCCAAAUUGGUUUCCCGCACCUCCCUUCCGUUCCUCUUGUCUUCUAGGUUCAAACUAUCCCAUCGAAACAUUCUGCGCCUUCCGCCUCCUACGUGAGUGAUUUUCCACCUUUGUUCCGCGUCUCUUUCAGCUUUUCCUUUCUCUCGUCUCACUGACGUCACAUCUUUUGAGUGUGUUUUUUUCUUGCAUUAUAGCCGAUUUGAAAAAGGCCAAACUUUUGACCGAUCAAAAAACUGGUUCUUCUUCGAUUUUCAGCUUUUUGAGACUUUCAAUAGGUCAUAAAAGCCGUUUUUGAGUGGAAGUGUGCAAAAAAUUGAACACCAAUUUCUGCUGUUUUGACGUACAUUUGUGCUUUAACUCACAUUUUUUUUUAGCAUGAACAGCUUUCUAUUUUGUUGUUACGCAUUUCGAAUCAAAACUCAACCUGCAAUUUCGGCAAAGAACGGCGAAUUUCAAUACUUAAUUGUUUUUUUGGCUGAAUGUAUCUUAGAAACCAGCAAUUUUCUAGUUAUUUCUGAAUGAGUCCUGGCAAGAAGCCUGCUGUAUGUAAACUCGAUGGCUCAUGAAGUCCAGAAAUUCCGACCGAAAACUCUCUCAUCUUCCUUUUUUGAACCCAUAAUUAUAAUGAACGACUUUUUUCACGGAAAAACGUCAGAUUUACUCUUAUUAUCAAAAUUUGCUCUUAUAGCGAAUAAAAAUAAGUAUUACUUUUGAGAAAGACCAAGAUCAGAUUUUUCGAAAACAAAAAAUUUAAUCCCCCUACUUUUCGCCGGGAUACUGGUAAUUUUUGUUUACCUUGGAAUUCUGAAGUCCCCCUGCAAUUUAAAGGUGAAUUUGGCUAUAUUUCAUUACUAUAAUGACUAGUUUCAACAAAUAAACGUCGAGAAACUAAUUGUUUAGUUUUUCAAGUUGUUCUGAAAAAAACCUGGCAAAAAAACUAGCUAAAUUCAAGUUUUGUUUUUGAUCUUUGGAUAAACAGGCGUAGUUUCGAUCUUUUCUGUAGAACCUAAAAAGUUUUUAAGAGAAUUCAAUCUUAACUUGAGCUCUCGAAAUAUUCAAAUCUUUUUUUCCUUUUUUUGAAUUUUCAUGAUUCUGCCGAUUAUAGUAUAUGAUAUAAAUUAUCAAUAGGUAAAAACUACUAUUUCAUGAGGCUUACGUAGCUCAUGUAUGUUGAAAAAGUCGAGAAACUUCUGUGUUUGGGAGUAUUGAAAUCGUGGAACUUCUGCGGAGAGAAUUUUGAGGGCAGAAAAACUCUACACUUUUGCAGACGAUGGCGACUGCGCGCCCGGUCCGCGGCUUCUUAGUUGACAUUACCGGCGUCCUGUACAACAGCUGCAGCGGAACCGACGGAAUCGUCAUCGAGAAGUCAGCUGAAGCCGUAAAAAUGUAACUUUUGCUCGAUAUGUUUUUCAAAUGCCUCGCUAUUUUCCCAGUAAUAUGUUUGUUCUUAGGAUGUAUCAACAGUCAAGAGUGAAGUUUGUGAGCAACGAAAGCUCACACACAACUGUCAAUGUUGUUGCUCGUCUUGGUCGCCUCGGAAUUCAGUUCAGUUUUUUUUUCUCAUAUUGACACCUUUCCAACCCGUUUCAUUUUUUUCUUGUACUGAUGAUGGAUCAUCUCUAAACAAGUUAUUUUUCAGUUAUAUUCAAGUUAAUUUCAAAAUUUUUCAGAGUCAAUGAAGAAGAUAUAAUAACUCCGGCUCCUGUGGCAGUCGAAUACAUGAAGAAGGAAGGAUUUGUGCCUCACGUUUUUGUGCCAUCGAGGUUUUCUUUUUUGAUAAUUUUUGGUUUUGGUGAUAAUUUAAAAGUCAUUUUAUUAUGAAUUAUUUUUAAAUUAUGAAUUUUUACAGCACGAGACAUAAAAAACCAUUUUUUCAAUGUCUGAAGCUUCUACAAAACUAAUUUUUUUUCUCAAAGCUGAAUCCACAGAACUUCCAGAUUUUUGAUACUAUUAGGCGGCAAAAAACAGGACUUGAGUGAGAUUUCACAGAAAGGGGGGGGGGGAAAUCCCACUUUCCAGCUUUUCCAACCUUUUGCGUUUUUUUACUGUUAGUGAAAAGGAAAUUGGAUUACUUUCAGGAGUCAAAUCGUACUUUGA